GUUUUGAGGCGAUAGUUUCAUAUUCUUCACCAUCAACAACAGGCAGAACAACAUUGGUCUGACGUGACGUGUUUAAAACAAAAGUUGUAGGCUGCGUGUGGACCAGGCUUGUCUUCAAAUCUAUGAUGAUAAUCUUCAUAUUUUUGUUAGUGACUUCCACGUUGGUCAGAUCUUCCGUCAUUCCACAGGAUGUGAGGUCGAGAGUGAUUGAUUUGCAGCCGCCUCCAUUGAACGAGGACAGACAAGAAUAUGACCACGAAGCUUUCCUUGGUAAGGACCAAGUUAAACAUUUUGAUCACCUGACACCUGAAGAAAGUAAAAAAAGAUUGGGGAUCAUAUUUGAAAAGAUAGACAACGAUGCAAACGGCAAAUUAACUGAGAAAGAGUUGCAUGACUGGAUUGAAUACGUCCAACUGAGAUUUAUCAGAAAGAACGUUGAAGAGCAAUGGUCGACCUUCAAAGGCGGCGAACAUGGGACCAUCAGAUGGGGACAGUAUAAAGAAAAAGUUUAUGGACAGCUAGAAGACGAGGAAGAUGAGAGACCAAACUUCAGGUUCGGACCUCAGAUGAAGAGAGAUUUGCGCAGGUGGCAGCAGGCGGACAGGGACAAGAACGGCCACCUGAGCAUCGAUGAGUUCACCGACUUCCUACAUCCAGAGGAAGCCAACCACAUGAAGGAACUCGUCGUUCAGGAAACUAUUGAAGACAUUGAUAAAGAUAACGACGGCAAGAUAAGCAUUGAAGAAUAUAUAAAGGACUUGUGGUCGCAAGAUGGACAGGAACCUGAUUGGCUGGCCGGAGAAAGAGAAGUGUUUAGGGAAGUAAGGGACAAGAACAAAGAUGGCUUCUUGGAUAAUGAAGAAGUUAAAAUUUGGAUCCUUCCAGAGCAGUAUGAUCACAUCAUGGCUGAAACUAAACACCUCAUGUUCGCAUCCGACGAAGACAGGGACGGGGUGUUAUCAAAAGAGGAAGUUCUGCUUAAUUUCGAGGUGUUCGUCGGCUCACAGGCCACAGAUUUUGGCGACGCUAUUGAUAACCACGAUGAAUUCUAAUGAAUUGUGACGAAUUUGGGAAUUAUGAUGAUUUGUAGUGAAUAAUGAUGAAUUUUGAUGAAUUAUCUGGAACUCAGAUGCAUGGAUUGAUAAAUUUACAAACUUUAAUCUUAAAACUAAUUCCUAUAAACAGUUAAAUAAUAAAAUUUGAUCAACAACUGAUGAAUUGAAAAACAUAGCGUAAAAUGAUAAUAAAAUGCAUAACAACACUAAAAAUUUUCUUUCAAUGAAGCAAGUGUUUCAUGAUUAAAUAAUAUUUCAAAAUUUGUUA